AUGGAUAAUGUUGACAAGAUGGACUUGAUCAUUCCAACAUCAACAUCAACAUCAUCAUCGCGAAUGUCAACAGCAUUCCACAUGGUGUUCAGAGAACGAUUGGUGAUGAUCAUCAUGAGAAUGAUUGGUGACUUGUACAGGACAUCAUUUGGAAUCAAAGAUGGUCAACUGAUCAAAGGCAAACAACUGGUGAACAGAGACAUAUUGGUGGACUUUAUCAAGUAUGGCGCCAAUGAAUGGUUCAUCAAAUCGUUCAACUCUGUGGCCAACCUAUACCCAUUCAACUCUCAACUGAUCAGUUACGCCAUCAUAUACACCAACACUCACAUCCUCGACAAGCUUGUGACCAACACCAACAUGACAUUUGCAAUCGACGCAUCUCUUCCAGACAUGUUGAGGAAUUACUUGAAAAAGAAUGGUCCGCGCAACCUUGCUGGUUGGAACCAUUGUAUUGGCGUGCUCAAGGAGAACAUUGGUCGAUCAACACUGGUAAUCUUCAACACUUCCUUUGGUCAAAACAUCAACAAGGAGAUCAAACUAUUGACUGGUGAGGAGAAGAUGGUAAGACGCACCAAGGGGGAGAGGGUUGAUUUCAGCAAGUUCUCAAAGUUAAAGGAUUAUAUCAUGAAUGACAUCAAGGAUGUCACCAUGGACAAAGCCUUCCACUGGUUAGAUUGGGUUUGGUCGAAUGUGAACACUGAUCCUCAAUUAUUUGAAUCAAUGAUUAUAUGGUGUGGCAAGAGUGGUCUUCAGUCAGAUCUCGACCUAGUCCUAAGCCACAUGCCCGCCAGCAAGCUGCCACCAGAAAAAGUCAUUAUCACUUAUUUUGAGGCGACACUCAAUGGACACUUUGACAUGGCCAGGCGACUGUUCACAAUCUUCACCAACGAUCUCCCUCUGUGGGGAAGACUUGAUCUACGAAAACUAAUAUGCGUAAUGCUGAGGCAAGGACAUCUGGAUCAAGCAUUGUUCAUCAUCCUCUCCAUUGGCCUGCUGCGACGAUUGAUGGCGCAUCCAAACAUCAGAUGUACCUUCGCAUCAGUGAUGGCACGCGCGAUACUCAAUGGCGACAAGGACUGCAUUAAUUUUCUUGAACUCAAUCAAGAUCAAACAUUCGAGACAGACUACUGUCAGGCAUUGGAGGCAGCGGCAAGGGUUGGCGACGUGGACACUGCCAACAUGAUCAUGAUCUAUCAUCCUGAUGAUUGUAUGCCUUUGGAGCAGGUUGACCUCGAUGAUAGCACUCUGGAUGAUGAGGAUUGGCACUUACCGAUAGCUCAAGCGAGAUAUCAAACGGACUUAUGGUCACGUGUGGACCCAGCUGUUGGACUGGAGAUGGCACGACACAUUGCAUCAGGAGACAUUGGCGGCUUUGACACCAAGUCCAUGUACAACAUCAUGGCGUCGACACGUCGUCCACAGACCAAGAUGACGGAUGAAGUCGUUCAAGCAUUCGUCAUGAGUUGGCUGGCCACACGACAACCAAACAUCGACAAAUACAUCAUCAAGAUUGUAAAGAAUGCAGGAUCACAAUCACAUUCACUGAUCAAGAUGAUGCACACGAUCUUCACGGAAGCCAAUCACAGACUGUUGUUCACUCGAGCGAUACCUCAAUGUGCCCAACGUGGUGACACUCAAUCAAUCAAGUUCAUUCUUGAUGUCGCCAGAGAAGCAUCAGGAAACGUUCCACUCAAUCUCAACCUCAAUGUACUGACUGAUCUCAAGUCGAUCAAGAUCAGCGAUGUUGAUGUGAUGACCAUGCUCAUGGACACUGGAAUCAUUCAGAACACUCAACAAUACCAUCCAAUCAUUGUUGGUGUGUUGGAUCAUGCUUGCUCCAAUGGACUUGUGGACAUGAUGACAUUCAUCGACCAACAUCAAACAGACAUUCGACUUGUUCCAUCACUUCAAUCAAUUGAGUAUGCUGUCAUUGCCAACCAUCUCAAUGUGAUCGUCUAUCUCUUUGGCGAUCAAUCAUCAUCAACAAUGUGGCGAGCAAUGUCACAACAUCCAACUCAUGUCAUCCGAUUACUCAUACAACUUCGACACACAGCAUUCAUUGAUGGACAUGUCAAGAUGAUCACAUGGAUCACCAACCGAAUCAAUCAACUCAAUCUUGAACUUCCAGCAGGCCAUAAAUAA